AUGGCAAACUUGUCUACGUGCAAUGAAAAAUAUAACGGAUUAAGUGAUGUCGAUGGGAAUAUGUAUUUUCUUGUUGGUUUCAUCACAUACAUUGUAUUUACGAGUUUUGUUUCAAUAGUUGGCAACAUACUAUGUGCCGUGGCAAUCCUAAGGCCGACUCGGACUGUCAGAGGAAGACUGCGUAAAAGGCUUCCAAAAUCACGCUACAUUUUUAUCUUCAAUUUAGCAAUAACAGACGCUAUGGGUGGCCUGCUUUAUCCUGUACAGUUCAUAAUCGGUGAUUCCGUUGUGGACGUUCCUGGACUCAGCACCGGCAUUACAUCUUCACUAACAAUUCUGGCCAUAGCAGCAGAAAGAUUCAACAAAAUUGUCCUGGAGAAAACGUACCAAAAUUCGCGCUCAGAACGAAUGAGAUCUAUCGGUUGUUGUGUAAUCUUGUGGAGCCUGCCAUUCGUUUGCCUUAUUUCAAUUUAUACCUAUGAUCCAGAUUUGCACAAAUUCGUUUUCUUCUUCGUUGGUCCGGUCUGUGUUAUUUUUGUAAUGUUUUCUAUUGCAUUUUUGUAUACAUCAAUCAUCUUGACUAUUCGUCUACACGAACAGAAUAAGAUACAUAAAUUUGGCUCCAGAAAGUUUAACAAGAUGAAACUAGUCCUUCGGGCCUAUGGUGUGAUUUUAUUGGUUUACGUUGUCUGUUGGUUACUAUGGGCUGUGGAGUCUAUCCGGAUCUGCAUCACGCGGUAUUUAACUGUAUCCAUCACAGAAGAACGUUGUCUUGAAGGAACAACUCUCUUGUACGUUGCUCUAGGCUUAGGUCUGAUGAAUUCAGCGAUCAAUCCAGUUAUUUACUGGAAGACAUUACCAGAUAUUCGUUGGGGUAUUAGGCAGAUAUAUUAUGUGUUCUUAGAAGGCAUGUUUGGAAAAUGUUGCAAGCUUGAGAACGGGAGUUCUGAUGUGGCUGCCUGUACAAACAGCACAACAAGUCAUCCUGCAACUAUAGGCUCAUCCACAUUAUGA